CCAGCACGUCCGAAAGGCGUCGGAAGCCAAAAAAAGGUCGUUCGAGUCUGCUUAUCUAUACCGCAACGUCGGUCGCCGAUAAUUAUAGCCGCGCGAAAGAUCGGCUCUCAUUCGGAGAUGCUCCCCUGUGAGCCGAUUGACGUCAGAAAGCCGUAAAAAAUUCGCGUAUGUGAGAGAGAGAGCAUGAUCGAAGGUAUUCCGCUGUUCGAUAAUACGUAGGUAUGCAAGCGAAAUUAGACGUCUGGCGGGUCACGAUUGACCGGCCGACGCUCCGACAUAUUUUUAUAACAGCCGCGCGGACUUUUAAUAGAACGCACACACCGUCGAUCGACACCGUACGUGCGAAAAUUGAUCUAAGCGCUUUCGCAGCGGUGUACCGCGCGAUGGAGGGGGCACGGGAGAGGGUGAUGGGAGGUGUGAACAAUCCUCAAGGUCCACGCGGAACGAACGAUCUCUCCCGGUAGCCGCGAUGCAGUUUUCCGACUCGGCGCGCGCGCGCGACAAGAACAGAGAAACUUGAUGAAUUCGCAGUUGUUAUCCGACCUGGCGUGUCCGCUAGGCAAGAAAGAAAACGCGAGUGCUCGCGCAGUGAAAGUGCCGUGCGAAUCCAAUGAUCCCUCGACCAGGUCCUCAGGAGCAUGGAGCACACGGCAAGUCCAUGUGAAGGCAAGAGAGAUUAGCCAGUGCGAUCGGCACCGGCGUGCGAUGUCGCGUUCCUGCACCGUCGAGAUCAUCGUCGCCGCUUGAUUUUCACGCAUCCGGCCCGUAGCGCAUAUUUAUUAUUUAUGAAUGGAUGGAGCUGCGACGGGGAUCGUCGGAGGAGGACCGGUUGAGGACCUGGGAAGUCUGGAGAGAUGGUGGAACAAUCCGGCGAUCGCGGCCUGGAGCUUCGUCCUCUUCGGCUGCUUCCUGCUCAACGCGACCCUCUUGCUCGCGUUUCUCGUACGACCAGGAUUGCGCACCAUCUCCAACAGAUUCGUCAUGAACCUGACUGUCUCGAACCUGCUGACGUGCGCGUUGCUGAACCCGCUGCAGAUGAUGGACGGCCCGACCAUCGCGGGGGCGACGUUGACGACGACAACGACGACGUCGACGACGACGGCAACGACGACGACAAUGGUCUCGGCGACGGCGACGGCCACGUUGAACGCGUCUUCAGCGUCGACGUUCGCAUCGACCGGCACGUUCAGGUCGGUCGGCAAUAUCUGCGCGUUAUCGGAAGGUGCGACCGCGCUCGUCACCACGUCGUCAGUGCUAUCGGUGCUGCUGAUCGCCAUUGACCAGUACUUUGCGGUGGUGGACCCGCUGCGUUACCGCGCGCGAGUAGACAAGCUCAAGUCCGCCGUGCUGAUCGUCUCCGUUUGGCUGGUCUCUGCAGCGUUCGGCCUAAUUGCGUCCUUAAACCCGAGCCCGCGCAGCCUCUGGCUGUCGUGCACGACGCUCAACAGCAGCGACAACAGCUACCUGUUGAAUACGUCAUCGUCGUCGGUCGAUUCGGCAUUCGCGUUCUUCAGUAACACGAGCGUAUUGGAGGAGGAAGAGGAGGAGACGGAGUUGAUGGAAGAGGAAGUGAUAGACGUUGGAGGCACAGCGAUGCCGGCGUUGUUGCGGACAGUCGAGUCGAUCAAGAUCAGCCACGGCCUCUUCGACAACUCCACCGAGUUCUUCCGCGGCCUCGCCAACGACUCCAUCACCUACGGCCUCGUGUACGCGCUCGUGCACAGCGUGCUCGCCUACCUGCUGCCGUUCGCCGGGGUCUGCUGGAUCUACGUCAGCAUCUACGCAGCCGCGCACCGGAACUCCGAACGAACCCGCAGGACCGGCUCACGGCCGAUCCUGUCAUCCGCGAGUUUCUGCGAGGAUCCUUAUGGCUACGCGCGACCACCGCAGCAGCAGCAGCAGCAGCAGCAGCAGCAGCAGCAGCAGCAACCGGCAGACGCGUACGCCGAGGAAAUCCGCAGGAUACCGAAGAUCUCGAGUCUGUCGUCCAUUGACGAGACCAGCGAGACCGCGCAUUCGGCCAAUCAAGCGUCGCACAGGAGGUCCUUCUCGUCGACCUCGGACACUGCGCCGUCGACCGACGACAAGGCUACCUCGGCCGGUGGCGCAGUCGUCUUCACGGUGGGCCUGCAGCCGGUAGAGGUGACAGGCGGGCGCGUUCAGGAUCGCAAGGACGGAGGAUCGCAGAGGGAGCAGCCGGUGACGGUGCUGAAAGCGCACUUCCUCGAGGACGAGCGCAGCGUCGCGACAUAUCACGAGGAGGAUCUCGUGAGGAGCAAGUUCCGGGACUCGCCGGCGGACCGGCGGCGAAAGUCCUCGCAUGAUCUCGUGUACGAGGCAGUGUCGGCCGUGGAAUCCUCCGGCUGGAUCGCCGGCGACUCCAGCGACUCCGAGUCGGAGGACGAGCGGCGGCGUUACGGCUAUUUCGACUCGUUGGAGGUGCCGGCAACUGUUCACCGGCUGGGCAGCCGGAGACCAUCCGACUACUUCUUGUCGUUGGCGGUUUGCGAGACGGCGAACAGCCAGGGCGACAAUUCCCGGCGGAGCUCUUUCGAGAAGAAAGAAUUCGUCGUUCGCGUGGACGAAGAAGAGGAGGACGAGGGCGAAGGGGAGAGUUCCAUCGAAAGGAAAAUCCCGGGAGCAGAAGGCGCCUCCGCGACGCCGCUGAACCGCCGAGUCUCCGUCGGCGACUGCUCGUCUUCGCAUCUCUCGACGGGGAUUGGCAAGUUGGACGGUAAGAAGUCCCGGCGACUCGGUCGUCGCUCGUCCAAGUUGUCCGGCGCUGAAGAAACGCAAGCUGCCGGUAAAAACUCCGAGAGCAACAACAUGAGGAGCGGCCACGCGGAACCGUCGUCGUGCCUCCUGACGCCGGUCGUGACGAUCACGCCGGCGCCGAACAAGCCGGGCGGCCUGAACCGAGUGUCCAGCGUGCGCAGCACGUCCAGCAGCUACAUCAACUCGUUGAAAUAUCGGAUCAGCAACGGCUCGCUCUUCAGGUACCGCGAGGAGACCCGGGCGGCCAGGAUCAGCGCACUCGUGAUCGUCAUGGGCCUGAUCUGCUGGUCGCCUUAUAUGCUGUUGAGCUUGAUGAAGAACUUGCCACAGUACUCGAGCCACGAGUUCCCGCACGAGUACGACGUGCUGGCGCUGAGCUUCCUCAUCGUAGCGGCGUACGCGAGCCCGUUGCUUUUCGGCUACCGAUCAAGACGCGUGAAGAGGGAGCUGCGCCGAUUCUUCUGCUUCCGGCGCGAGCUGUCGUAUAAAAACAACCGCAGCCUGAUGGCGAAGAAAGUGCUGAAACGCCGGCAUAGCAGCACGCUCAGCCAGCUGGAGAUGGAGCAGCGUUACAACAUCUUCAACUGUGUGUACGGUCGGAGCAGAUGGCCCAAGGAGAAGGUGCAGUUCGUGCAGGUGCCGGACACCGCGCUCGCGGUCGAGACCUGCAGGAGCAGCUUCUCCAGCGGCGCUAGCACGCAGAUCUCCAGCACUUCCACCGAGGAGUGUUGAAUCGCGAUGCGCGUCGUCGCGCUUCUCGCCAUGGCCUGGCGACCUCGUCGUCGACGAGCGAGGAUCGGCGAGCGAGCGCGGCGAAUGCACAAGCAGUGCGAGAGGCAGUUCUGGAUGUUUGCACGCUUGUGCGCCGCGUGGUACAGUUUCGCGGAGAGGCAGCGGCUGCGAGCGGUCGCGGGACAAUAACGAGGUAAAGUGUCGCGUUACAAAGAGAGAAAAAGAGAGGUAGAGGAAGAAAAGCUGUGAGUUCGCGUCUCGCCCUUCGUCGGGGCUCUUCGAUUCUGGAAGAACCCUAGAAAGAAAUAGAAAAGAAGUACGGACACGUCGCUCUGAAUUCUGUUUUUGGUAAACAAAAGGUAACAUCUCACCGAUUUUCCUUUUUUAUUUUGAAAUAUAUUAUAAAAGGAAAUUAUGAAAUUCUGAGUAACUUUUCUACAACUACAUAAGGACAUACAGCAAUUACAUGGUCAAUCCGAUAUGGAAGAGCGGACUUGAUCGUAUGUUUUCAAGUAAUAUUCAAAUCUGGAUUAUUCGACGAAUGUUUAAAAACAAUGCAACCUCAGGAACGUCCUGUACUUUCAACCGUUUUAAUGGAGACAGUGUUAUAGCUAAGAUUCAGCAAAUUCUGGGUAGAGAUGUGCGUCCUGUUAUCAACAUUAAAAAUGAAUUCAGGUCUCUAAGACCAUACAAAACCUUUAAAUGUAUUACUUAACGUAAUUCGUUUUUGGUUGUCUUCAAAACAUUAAAGAAUAUAGACAGUACGAUUGAAAGCAGUAGUCAAAAUUGCAUAUAAUUAUAAUAUAUUUCCACUUUGGUGAGACUUUGGUUUGUCGCGUAUAUUGUCUUGUUAAUUAAAUCAAUUAUUCUCCGAGUAAAUAGUAUGCCAGGUUAAUUGUG